UUGACGUGAUAUUUUAUCACUUGCGCAAGAAAUCAAAAUUACGGACUGAUCAAGAAUACCGAUUUACCACAACAAACUAUUUUUUCAAGAAUUAUGUUGAGAGGACAUAUCGUAGAUAUUAUCCCAAUGAUUCGGACACGGUACUUUCUACACAACAGGAUUAUGCUGAGUCUGUAAUUGUCGUCGACAAUGAAAAUACAGUAAACAACAUAAUCAAGGGAUUUUCAAUACUAGCUGGAUUGCCCUGACACCUUGUUGAUGAGGUGUAUGUUCCAAUAAACUGCAAUCAGAAUUUUCACUGGGUGUUAGCUGUUAUAGCUCUAAAGUAUAGACGUAUACGCGUCUAUGAUUCGCUGUCCAACAUAAGAAAUAUGGACUCAUCCAUCGAGAUUCAGAAUUUGGCGGUGAUGCUCCCAACCUUCUUGUCUAACAGUGAACUUUUUGAACAAACAUCCCGAACAGAUUGGCCAAACUUUGAUGCAUACAGGAAUAAACUAAGUGAUACGACACAGUUACUGAAUAUCAAUCCAUUUGAGGUUGAUUAUGUGCAAAAUAUUUCUCAACAAGAUUGUGAUAGUCUAGACUGCGGAGUUUUUGUUGCUGGAUAUGCAGAAUACAUAAGUGAAGGAAUGUCAGUCCCAACAGUUGAUUUUGAAGCGACAUACCAUCGUAUGCGAUACGCAUCUCUCCUUAAAAAUUAUGGUAUUCGAAAAGCAAAAAAAGAUUAUGUCAGUGAGAAUGAAGACCCUCCAAGACCAAGGCGAACAAAACACUCAAUUCCUGAUGAAAUAGCCAUUGUUAGAAUUGGGUAGGAGGACAGUUUAUUAUGAUUUACAAAAUGUUUACUAAAAUGAGUUUUGUUUGGAAUGUUGCAUU